GCACACGCGAUGCGUUUGUAAGAUGGCGGUGUAAGCGCGCGGCCUGCUUCUGCAUGUGCGAGAUUGAGAUUCCCGCGGUCAUCAUUCAAGCACAACCAGUCGAAACUGUGUGUGUGACGCGAACGGUUGGCGGGAAAUUGUGUGAGCUGAGCUGUGAUGGCCAAGAGGAUUGCAGAGAAAGAGUUGACGGACAGGAACUGGGACCAGGAGGAUGAAGGAGAGGAGGCAGGAAUGUUUUCAGUUGCAACCGAAGAUGUGAUGAAGAAUCGCUCCAUCAAGAAAGCCAAGCGUCGUACCGCCGGAGCAGAGGGAGAGAGUGGAGGGGCUUUCAAAGCUUUUAAGGGGUUCUCUCUGACAUCGGCCACAGGGACAGGGUCAUUCUCUGGCUUUGGUAAUGGCGCUGGUUUCAAACCUAUGUCCAGCCUGACCAAUGGUAGCGUGGCUUCAGUGGCUCCUUCUUUUGCCAGUUUUAACGUUCCCACGUUUGCUAAAACUAACAGUGGUCCUUUAACCUUCAACAGCUCCGUCCCCUCCAAGCCCACGGAUGAUGUCACCUCCAACGGCUCCGCCCCCAGCACUAAAGAGUACAACCGGCAGCUCACCGCGCUCAACUGCUCCGUGCGCGACUGGAUCACCAAACACGUCAACGACAACCCCCUGUGUGACCUGAACCCCAUCUUCCGGGACUACGAGCGACACCUGGCCAGCAUCGAGAGGAAAUACGGCAGCGGCACGUCAGACGGAGGGGCGGAGAAGCGGCUUGUGUCGAGCGGAGCGGGUUCUGCUGUUAGCGGAGCAGCACCGCAGCUCUUCUCCUUUAAAGACAAGGAUGAUGACAAACCGGCAGCUGCGGCGGCUCCGGGCGUCUCUUUUAAUUUCGGCCAGAAGGUGGACAGCUCCGUGCUCGGUGCGCUGGCGUCCAGUGGAGCGCCUUCUUUCUCCUUCUCCACCACCACCUCCUCAUCCCCAGGUGUUUCGGUGUUUGGAUCUGCGGUCAGCAUUGUCAGUCCUGCGGUGACUGCCAGCAAAACCCAGACUGCAGAUGAAAAUGGGGAAGAAUCAGAGGAGCCGCCUGUUCCUGUGGUGAAAGAGAUCAAGGAGAAAGACGCCUUCUACUCCAAAAAGUGUAAGCUGUUUUAUAAGAAGGACGGAGAGUUUAAGGAGAAGGGGGUCGGGACGCUGCAUCUGAAGAUGGUGGCUGAGAGCAAACUUCAGCUGUUAGUGCGCGCCGACACAAACCUGGGGAACAUCUUGCUGAACAUCAUGGUGCCCUCCUCCAUGCCCUGCUCACGAACUGGCAAAAACAACGUGAUGGUGGUGUGUGUGCCAAACCCUCCCGUGGACGACAAGAACCCCAGCACACCCGUCCCGCUGCUCGUGCGCGUCAAAACGGCCGAGGACGCAGACGAACUGCACGGGAUCCUGCAGGAAAAGAAAGCCUAACGCGUCACCCACCCUCAUUCUCGCGCGUCUUGACUGACCCACACAUCUACUCUGUCUGUCUGAUCUAGAACCGUUCUUUUGCGUCCCGUUAAUCGUCUAGAAGAGUGAUGGAAACCGAUGGGUUCUUCUACUGUGAAAUCACUCGUGGUCCUACUGUAAACGCUGCUCGUCGUAUCAGAGAAGGCCACACGUUAUAGCAGAGACACGAGUCUGGAUUCAUCGUCAUUCCUUCGAGUUUUAAUUUAGCUGCUAUUUAAGGAAUCCUUCGAGGUUUAGACCGAGCCGACUGUUUUACGUGGAUUUGUUUUUAAUUCGGACACAUUUUUCAGAAGCAUGAUCCUUUCUGUACAAUGUUUAGAGGUCAGUAUUAGAUUUAAGAACAGUAUAUGCAUCAGAUCUCCAAUGCUCUAAUCAAAAAAUAAUCCCCCACAGUUCUUCAGACCCUAUGACCAGAUAGACCUGGUGGGUUUUUUUUUUAUUUUUGUUUUUGUUUUUUAUGGUUCGUUUUCUGGCAGUUCUUGCUGUGGUGGUAUUUAUUUUAAUUGAGGGGAUGUGUGGAUGUGUAUAAGCCACAGAACUGCUGAGGUUGAGAAUGAAUGAUGGCUUUAUGGCAAUCUGUCCUGAAGUUGACCUUGAAGUUUUGUUUUUUUCUCCUGUAAGUGGCCUUUUUACUGCCUUACACAGUGGGGUGUGUGUUUAAAGUGUUGAGCAGCACUCGGAUCUACCUUACAUUAAUUUACUGGUGAAUAAAUCAACUGAACCUGACAAAGUCUUGUUUCAUUUACAGCAGUCAUGGCAAUAGAAAUGGUUAUAUGUGUUUCCCACUUACUGACUUCGACCGAAUCGAACAAUUAAAGGGAUGUUUCAAACCUG